AUGUCCCGCGGUGCCGGCGCCGGAUACGAUCGGCACAUCACCGUAUUCUCUCCCGAAGGACGUCUGUACCAAGUCGAGUACGCGUUCAAGGCGAUCAAAUCCGUCGGCGUCACCACCAUCGGCGUGCGAGGGAAAGACUCCGUGUGCGUCGUGACGCAGAAGAAGAUUCCGGAUAAAUUGAUCGAUGCGUCGGAUGUGACGCACAUGUAUAAGAUUACGAAAACCGUGGGCAUGUGCGCGACGGGAAAAGGACCGGAUAUCCGAGACAUAGUACAAAAGGCGCGCAGAAAGGCGGCGGAUUUCAAGCAACACUACGGGUACGAGGUCCCGGUGGACGUGUUGGCGAACAUACUCGCCGAUGAGUUCCAGGUGUACACGCAGCACGCAUACAUGCGUCCGCUCGCGGUGAUGGUGAUAUUAAUCGCCGUAGAUGAGGAUCGCGGGCCGAGUCUGUUCAAGUGCGAUCCGGCAGGAUACUUUGUCGGUUACAGCGCGACGAGCGCGGGGGCGAAGGAGGUCGAGGCGGUGAACUUCUUGGAGAAGAAGGUCAAGAGCGGCGCAUCGUUCGAUGUGAAUCAGACGGCCCAGCUCGCGAUCAGCGCUCUUCAGCACGUGCUCGGGGAAGAGGUCAAGGCGAGCGAGUUAGAAGUCGCCGUCGUCACGGCGGACAAUCCCAAUUUCCGCGUCAUCAGCGAGAGCGAAGUGGAAGAUCAUUUGACAUCGAUUUCUGAGAGAGACUAG